UGUGCAGCUCAAUCUCAUCUUUCACUCUCUUUUUUUUUUCAACUGCUUCCUUCUCGAGCAGCUUGAGCCGACCGAGGAAAAGAUAAAAAAGUAAAAGAUGUUGUGCUGAGGCUGAGGAGGGUCACCGUCCCUCCUCUCAGCGUCCCGUUAUCCGCCGCCGGGCUGUCCUCCUCCUCCACAGCCUGGAAACAGCCCCAUGUUUGUGCGCAAAGUUCAGCUCUGCUCUGAUGGAAGAAGUUAGAAGACAAAGCGGCCACAGCGGAGUGGUUUUCUUCUCUGUUCCGUGAUGAUGUUCAAUGCUCCCUUCCGACGGUCAUGAUGUCUUGGGGGGAGUUUAUCGAGCUCCGUGACCUGAACUCUAGCAGUGGGCAGAUGGAACUGACUGGCCUGCGUUCGCCAUGCUCACCCCCGCGCCUGGAGAGAACCAACGCCUUGAGGAUCAGCCCAGGGAAGGUGCCCGACCUCCUGAGCCGCGUGGGCAUCAUCAGGGUUCUCAGCAGCUCCCAGGACCCCGAGUUUGUAGAAGAGAAGGGAGAGGGGCAUAACUUCCAACCCUGCAGCCAUGCUCAGCCUACGUGGUGCGACCUGUGUGGUGACUUCAUUUGGGGCCUUUACAAGCAGAGUCUGCGGUGUGUCAACUGCAGGUUUACAUGCCACUACCGCUGCCGUGCCCUGAUUCAGCUGGACUGCAGCUGGGAGCGUGGCUCAGCGGCGGACCUCACAACUGUUGUGGAGCACACCAUAGAGACAGACACGAAUGUGGACGAACAAGUCGAACAUGGGAAACCAGAAUGGACUACUGCUGAAAUUCUGCAGAAAGUGAAGGAAUACAACUCCCAGAUCAAUAGCAAUCUGUUCAUGAACAUGAACAAGGAUGGGUCCUACACUGGUUUUGUGAAGGUACAAUUCAAGCUAGCACGGCCUGUGUCGGUUCCAGCACCAAAGAAAGGAGGUCCUGAUGCUGGAGGGAGGCGAGCCAGCGGAGUGAAGCGCCGCACCUCCUUCUACCUGCCAAAGGAUGCCUCAAAGCAUUUGCACAUAAGCUCCCGUACGUCUGCUCGUGAGGUCAUUGAGGCUUUGUUGAAGAAGUUCACCGUGGUGGACAAUCCCGGCAAAUUUGCACUGUUUGAGCGCAGCGAGCGCCAUGACCAAGUUUAUCUUCGUAAGCUCUCUGAUGGCGAACGGCCGCUCCGUUUACGUCUGAAUGCGGGGCCCAAUGAGAAGGUCCUCAGUUUUGUUCUCAAAGAAAAUGAAACUGGUGAAGUUAAUUGGCACGCUUUCUCCAUGCCUGAGCUGAAGAACUUCCUGCUCAUCCUUCAGCGUGAAGAAGAGGAACACGUCAAGCAGAUUGUGAAAAGAUUUACUUUGGCUCGCACCAAGAUGCUGGAGGCUCUGUCCGGCUCAACCCCAGGCUGAAACCACUCUGUGCUCGGAGUUUGCUGUGCUGCUCCUGGCUGGUUGCGACCAGUCACUGCUGCAUGCAAAGACUCCGGAGAAAGAAACAGAAAAAACAACACCUCUUGGAUGAACGAGAGAGUGAGAUAGGGCGCAAACUGGGAGAGAAAGAGCUAGCGCGUAUGUACGUGUGAAAUGAUGCGAGAGUUGAGAAGUGCCUUACACCUGGAGAGUCUGAUGUGCCUGAGAGAAUGAGUUAAGUGGACGGAAGACUGGCAGAUAGGACAGUGGUUGUAAUGUUUACACCUAAUGGGUGCCAUCUGAUUAUUCUGUACCUCAGCUAUUACACUUCAACCUAAUUGGCAGUAAGGGUUAAAAAAUAUAUAUAUAUAUAUAUAUAUAUUUUUGUCAUUUCAGAUGUCCUAAAAAUUUUAGAUUUUCUCAACAUAUGUAAACAUUAAUUAUUCAAUUUUACUUCUUAAUAGCUGAAAGGUAUUUGAAUUUUCACCGCACCCGAGUCCAAAGUGCUGCCAUGUCCACUCUACACCCCUGAUGGGUGCAACUCUUUACUUAGGGAUCACUUUGAGUAUGACUGAGUUAUGGACAUUUGUAUGUUAUCAUGAAUGUCAGAGCUGUGCUACAAGUCACUCUAGAUGAGUGGAUCUGCGAAUGACUGUUGCUUUACUUGUUUUUUGAACUGUCACGUCUUUCAUAUCCAUGAUAUAUUUGUUCUGCUAACUGCCAAAAUGUUUGUCCGCUGUUCACGUUUCCUUCAGUCUAUGCACAGUUUCAAAUGUAGCAGAAUGUUUGGCAGAUGUACACAGCAUUUUAUUAAAAGAUAUAUACAUAAAAA